CAUGAAGUAUUUUGGAUACCAACCACAUCUGGUCACUCAAAAGGGGGUGGUUUUUGCAAAUGUUUUCUUUUGUUUUUGCGGUCCGAAGAAAAAUAAAUUCGAACUGAAAAUAAACCAAUCAACUAAUUAAAUUAACUAAAGAAGAAGUAAAAUACUGUAAAGCAUGAUAUAGCAGAAGAAGAGCAAGUAAAUCACACUUAGAAGUACAAAUAAAACCAGCUGUAAGGAUGUCGCCCAAUUCUAUGUGGACCUUCGGGCUCAUAAGUGCUCUGCUUCUGACCUUGGGUUCGACGGGGCUAUCGUCGAAGGUUUUGGAGCUCAGUGACCGGUUCAUCGAUGUGCGACACGAGGGACAAUGGUUGGUCAUGUUCUAUGCCCCCUGGUGCGGCUACUGCAAGAAGACAGAGCCCAUUUUUGCUCUAGUGGCUCAGGCUUUGCAUGCCACCAACGUUCGAGUGGGUCGCCUGGAUUGUACUAAGUAUCCGGCGGCAGCAAAGGAGUUCAAGGUUCGUGGCUAUCCCACCAUCAUGUUCAUCAAAGGCAACAUGGAGUUCACCUACAACGGAGAUCGCGGUCGCGAUGAGCUGGUGGAUUAUGCCUUGAGGAUGUCUGGUCCUCCAGUUCAGCUGGUCACGCGAACGGAGAGUGUGGACAUGCUUAAGGGAUCCCAUACGAUAUUUUUCAUUUUCGUGGGCCAGCAAGAGGGUGUGGUGUGGGAUACAUACUAUGCUGCAGCUGAAGGUUACCAAGAGCAUGGAUUUUUCUAUGCCACCAGCGAGGAUAUUGCUGCCCAGCAUUUCGACUUUGAGAAACUGCCAGCAGUGAUCGUCUACAAAGAAGAGCAGCACCACUUCUAUCCGCAUGGUCAUUUGGCCCACGAAAUGGACCCCAAUGAAGUAAACGAAACCGUUUUUCAGUGGGUGAACGUGGAGAGGUUCACACUCUUUCCAAAAGUCACUCGGUUCAAUAUCCACCAGCUGCUCAAGACAAACAAGUAUUUGGUUUUGGCUGUGGUACAGGAGGAUAAACUCAACCAGAUAGCCACGCAUGAGCUGGAGUUUCGGGACAUGGUAGAGGGCGUGAUAAGAAAACACAGGGCGCGCUAUCAUGACAAAUUCCAAUUUGGAUGGAUUGGAGAGCCAUCAAUAGCACAUUCUAUUAUCUUGGAUCAACUACCCACGCCUCACUUGAUAGCGAUUAAUUCGAGCACCCAACACCACUUCAUACCCGAAGAUGAUCCCAUGCAAAUGACUCCACAGGCACUGCAUCUUUUCCUAGAAUCCAUCCGCAACGAAAAUGCGAUUGCCUAUGGAGGAGAUACUUACUUUGUACGUUUGAAUCGGGCAUUAUUCGAAGUGCGAAGAGCUCUAAGGGAUAUGUGGCUGGGAAAUCCCGUGUUGACCACUGUUAUCUUCGGCCUGCCACUGGGAUUCUUAUCGCUGAUCAUGUACUCUAUAUUUUGCGGCGAUUGCUUGGUCACAGAAGAAGAUCCCGAUGAAGAUCAUGAGAAGAAGGAGUAAGAUGAUAACUUUAAAGUGGAUCUUGUAAAACCUUUUGAUUGAGAAGGUAAAUAAGAUGAUCUCAAAGUGCAUUUCCGAGCAUUAUCAAGAAAAGCAAGGAUCAAACAAGAUUACGAAAUGAAAAGCCGUAUAAGAAGUCGUAGAAGACCCCACCCAUCCUCUAGAUCACUUUUCUACCGCAUAUAUCUAAAUGUAAGCCAAAUCUAGUCCUAUGUCAAUGUAUCUCAUUGCCGCUGGGCGCGAACUUCCAAUCCGCUUUAAGAUUCGCUAUUUGACACAAAGAAAUCAAUUCGCAUUCGUGCGUUUAGUUUUGUUUCUCGUUUUAAGUUAGUAAAAGUAAUAAACAUGAUUUAGCGGAUGUGAA